AUGGCGAUAGGCAAAAGGUCUUGCAGCAUCGUCUGCUUGGUAUCUAUCCAGAUCAUCUUGAUUUUCAGCGCAUCGUGGCCUGGAGCGGAGGGUCUCACGUUCCCCCAGCAAUACACGAUAAUGCACUGGGCCAGGCGUAUUGAGCAGGAGAUUGACAGAGUCUUUCAGCACAUCACUGGAGCUCAGCAGUUGAAAGGGAUAUACAACGAAGAGAGACGACGGUUUAGUCUGGUGAAGAAUCAGCCCCGGAAGAUUGUGGAGAAGGUGGCCUCAGAUAUAGAGAAACUCCUGGCAAAGAAGCGCAAAGCACUCGAUAGGUUAGCCAAUGAAGCAGAGCGGCUCCAGCGAGAGCACCUAUGGCAAGACGGAAUCAAGGAGCUGGACAUGGCUUACUAUGACUCAAAGGCAGAGCUGGAUUAUUAUUCCAUGGAUGGAGAAGGAGAGGUGGAGAACCCUUCGCACAUCAAGCUGGAGUUUGUGUAUGAUCCAAACUUCAAAAACAACGUCAACUAUUCCUACACUGCUGUUCAGAUUCCCACAGAUAUUUAUAAAGGAGCUCCAGUCAUUCUGAAUGAGCUGAACUGGACGCAGGCACUGGAGAAAGUGUUCAUGGAGAACAGUCAGGAGGAUCCGUCACUGCUGUGGCAAGCGUUCGGGAGUGCGACGGGCGUCACUCGCUACUACCCAGCCACCCCGUGGAAAGCCCCUGAUAAAAUCGACUUGUAUGACGUCAGGAGGAGGCCCUGGUACAUCCAGGGAGCCUCAUCACCCAAAGAUAUGGUCAUUCUUGUUGAUGUGAGCGGCAGCGUCAGCGGACUUACCCUCAAACUGAUCAAAGCGUCAGUGAUGGAAAUGCUGGACACUUUGUCUGAUGAUGACUAUGUCAACGUGGCCAGGUUUAACGAGAAGGCUGAGGCUGUGGUUCCCUGCUUCAAGCAUCUCGUCCAGGCUAACGUGCGCAACAAAAAGAUCUUCAAGGACGCAGUGCAGCAGAUGCAGGCUAAAGGCACCACUGACUACAAGUCUGGAUUUCAUUUUGCUUUCAACCAGCUGUUAAACAAGACAAAUGUCCCUCGGGCGAACUGCAAUAAAAUAAUAAUGCUGUUUACGGAUGGAGGAGAGGACAGAGCUCAGGAUGUCUUCAUGCAAUACAACUGGCCCAAUAAAACGGUUCGAGUUUUCACCUUUUCUGUGGGUCAACACAACUAUGAUGUCACACCUUUGCAGUGGAUCGCUUGCACCAAUAAAGGUUACUAUUUUGAGAUCCGUUCCAUCUGUGCUAUAAGGAUUAACACCCAGGAGUACCUUGACGUGCUGGGACGCCCCAUGGUCCUGGCAGGCAGCGAUGCCAAGCAGGUUCAGUGGACCAAUGUGUAUCAGGAUGCAUUGGGCCUUGGCAUGGUGGUAACUGGGACUUUGCCUGUAUUUAAUCUCACCAUGGAUGGAAACUCACAGAAUCAGCUGAUAUUAGGUGUCAUGGGAGUCGACGUGCAUCUUGACGAGAUAAAACGACUAACACCGCGGUACAAUCUUGGAGCCAAUGGAUACAUAUUUGCUAUUGAUCCAAAUGGAUAUCUUCUCCUUCACCCUAAUCUUCAGCCAAAGCUCGUGAACCUCCCCGAGCCUGUGACACUGGACUUCCUGGAUGCAGAGGUUGAGGACAGCAAUAAAGAGGAGAUCCGAAGACAAAUGAUUGAUGGAAGACCAGGGGAAAUGCAGGUCAAGACUCUUAUCAAGUCGAUUGAUGAGCAAUACAUUGAUGAGGUGUACAGGGGUUACACCUGGACUCCUAUCAACGGUACAGAUUACAGUCUUGGUCUGGUAUUACCCCCCUACAAUGAAUUCUACAUCCAGGCAGACCUGAGUGAUGUGAUGCUGCAGCUCCAGUAUAUGCAGUCAUUGCUGCCCAGCUCUUUUGAAUCUGCAGGGCAUGUAUUCCUGGCUCCAAGGGAAUACUGCAAACGUCUGCAUCUUUCUGACAACAACACCCAGUUUUUGCAGAGCUUCCUCUCACUCAUGCUGGACAUGUCCCCAGAAUCGGAUGAGUGUGACCAAGGCCUCAUCCACAACCUAAUUUUGGAUUCUAGGAUUAUCGGGCAGCUGGCAUCACGUGUUUGGAAGAACAAGGAUCUGAAUUCGUACGGCUUCCUGGCUGUGUUUGCAUCAACUGAUGGAGGAAUAACACGGGUUUUCCCCAACAUAGCUGCUGAGUUAUGGGAUGAGGAUCCUGAACCUUUUAAUUCAAAUUACUACAGACGGAGCCUCGACAACAAAGGCUACAUGUUCAGAGCUCCGUCGAGAUCCUCCUUGGACGACCCUUUAGGUGCAGAAAACGGCACGGUUGGAAUUCUGGUUAGUUCAGCUGUUGAGGUUAAUUUAGGAGGCAAACUGCUCAAACCUUCAGUGGUCGGAGUAAAGCUGGAUUUAGAGGCGUGGGUGGACAAGUUUAAGAUCCUGGCCAGCAACGUGUCAGACAGUCGACAGGGCUCACACAAGUGUGGACCAUCCAGAAGUUGUGAGAUGGACUGUGAAGUGAACACUGACGACCUCCUCUGCUAUCUCAUUGAUGAUGGUGGCUUCCUGGUCAUGUCCAAUCAGAGAGAUCACUGGAAAAAGAUUGGUCUUUUCUUUGGCGAUGUGGACCCUUACCUGAUGCACGCACUCUACAACAACUCAAUCUUCACUCGGCGUCAGUCUUUUCACUUCCAGUCUGCAUGUGAACCAGUCAGCAGCAGCCACACGGGCGCAGCACCGAGGGGCAUCUUUGUGCCAUCCAUCGCUGACAUCCUCAGCCUGGCAUGGUGGACAUCCACAGUGGCAUGGUCUGUGACCCAGCAGCUACUGUAUGGACUGGCGUACAACAGCUGGCUCUACCAAGAUGAUGUCCUGGUCGACGGUUUUGAGACAAAGGAAAGCAGCUGUGUGACCAUCCAAAGCCAGUUCUACUUCACAAACACCACCAACUCGUACAACGUGCUGCAGGACUGUGGAAACUGCUCACGGCUGUUCCACGCAAAGCGGAUAGAGAACACCAACCUCCUCUUUGUGGUCGCUGAGACGCUCCCCUGCAGCUCAUGUGAGAUAGAGAGACUGACGCAGGUCAGGACAGAGUUUCAGGAGGAGAAUCCAUGCGAAGUACUGAGCAACGCACGAUAUCGCAAAGGCCCGACUUCCUGCUUUGACUACAGUGCCUUAGAAAACACAUCAGAGUGUGGACGGGGUCAUGCUCUGCAGUCCUCCAUAGGAGUCCUCCUCUUUAUUCAGCUUAUUCAGCCUCUUUUUCAUCUCUGA